UAGGCUAGGAAGGUUUAUAAUGCGGGUUGCUUGCAGGAGGUCCGCCGCCACUCUCUUCUCUCCAACAGGGAACAAAGGUCGCGUUUCUCAAGGUGCACUGCAGAACUCACUAACUGUGUGGAGCGUUAAGUUGGCACUCUUUAACUUGGACCGCGCUCAGGCUUUAUCGUGAGCAUUAUCGGGGCGAGGCUCUGACACCAUCUAUUGACAAUGAGUCAGAAAUGAACCUCAACCCGAGCUCAGUCUCUUCGCUCCGCGCGCGCGCACUCUCAAGUAAGAGCAACUAAAGCCGGCUGUGUGUGAACUCACCUUUAUUUAACCUGCAACCACACACACACACACACACACACACACACACCAGGACCGACCAUGCCUAAACCAGUCAAUGUCCGCGUCACUACAAUGGAUGCUGAGCUGGAAUUUGCCAUCCAGUCAGUCACCACAGGCAAACAACUCUUUGAGCAGGUCGUCAAGACAGUGGGCCUGCGUGAGGUGUGGUACUUUGGCCUACAGUAUGUGGACAACAAAGGAUAUGUUACCUGGCUGAAACUGGAGAAAAAGGUGUUAUCUCAGGAUGUGAGGCGAGAGAUCCCCCUACAGUUUAUGUUCCGGGCUAAGUACUUCCCUGAGGAUGUGGACAAUGAGUUGAUCCAGGAUAUCACGCGCAAGUUAUUCUUCCUUCAGGUGAAAGACGACAUCUUGAGUGACAAUGUCUACUGCCCCCCAGAGACAGCCGUGCUCCUGGCUUCCUACUCUGUGCAGGCCAAGCAUGGAGAUUUCUCCAAGGAAAUCCACAAGUCUGGCUACCUUACAUCAGACCACCUGCUACCCCAAAGAGUGCUUGAGCAGCACAAGCUGUCCAAAGAUCAGUGGGAGGAGAGGAUCCAGGUUUGGCAUGAGGAGCACAGUGGCAUGUUAAAGGAAGAUGCUAUGCUGGAGUACUUAAAAAUUGCCCAAGAUUUGGAGAUGUAUGGAGUCAACUACUUCGACAUCAAGAACAAGAAAGGAACAGAGCUAUGGCUUGGUGUGGAUGCUCUUGGACUUAAUAUCUAUGAGAAGGAUGACAAAUUGACACCAAAGAUUGGAUUCCCUUGGAGUGAAAUCAGGAACAUAUCAUUCAAUGACAAGAAGUUUAUCAUCAAACCAAUUGAUAAAAAGGCCCCAGACUUUGUGUUCUAUGCUCCUCGCCUGCGCAUUAACAAGCGCAUCCUGCUGCUGUGCAUGGGGAACCAUGACCUGUACAUGCAGCGCAGGAAGCCCGACACCAUUGAGGUGCAGCAGAUGAAGGCACAGGCCAGAGAGGAGAAACACCAGAAGCAGAUGGAAAGAGCCCUGCUUGAAAAUGAAAAGAAGAAGAGAGAAAAUAUCGAGAGAGAAAAGGAGCAGAUAGAGAGAGAGAAGCGAGAAAUGAUGUUGAGGCUUUCCCAGUUUGAGGAGAAGGCCAAGAAAGCCGAGAAAGACCUGCAGAUGCAGCUGGACAGGGCCGUGAGGCUGGAGGAGGAGAGGCGAAAGGUAGAGCAAGAGGCUGCUCGUCUGGAGGCUGAGAGACAGGCGGCUCUGCUAGCUAAAGAAGAGCUAGCUAGACAGGCUGAGGACCAAAUAAAGAACCAGGAGCAACUGGCUGCAGAACUUGCUGAGUACACUGCAAAGAUCUCCCUGCUGGAGGAGGCCAAGAGAAUCAAGGCAGAAGAGGCUGACCAAUGGCAGAACAGGGCUAAGGAAGCACAAGAUGACCUAGUGAAGACUCGUGAGGAGCUGCACUUGAUGAUGGCUGUUCCAGCAAUACCACCACCACCACCACCACCCAUGCUUAUUGCAGAUGAAGGCCAUGUGGAGGAUGCUGAACAUGAUGACCAUGAUGAGAACAUGAGAAGUUACAGUGCUGAGUUCCAAGUUGAAGGUAUUCAAAACAACCGCGACGAAGAAGACCGUCUCACUGAGGCUGAGAAAAAUGAGCGUGUGCAGAAACAGCUUAUGGCCCUGAGCUCUGAGCUUGCAGACGCACGCGAUGAGUCCAAGAAGACUCAGAAUGACAUUCUGCAUAUGGAGAACAUGCGUGCUGGGAGAGACAAGUACAAGACCCUGCGUCAGAUCCGCAUGGGCAACACCAAGCAGAGAAUAGAUGAGUUUGAAGCUUUGUAGAGACUGAUAUCAUCUCUGAAUAACCUCAACCAAAAAAAAAAAAUCCUGCUAACUCACCAGUGGUGUCGCUUUCCAUUUGGUGUCCAAGUACCUGUUAUUUAGCCUUUCUUACUGUUAUUUAAUCAUGGUAGGUUUAUUGGACAGGAUUGUAUUUUUAUAGAUUCCUAUACUUGGAUAAAGUGUUAUGAAGUGGACCAAUUUGGGAUAAAGAUCCCUGCUCAUAGGCACAAUGAUUGUGGUUAUAGGAGGUCUUAGUUUCCAACCAGGUCGCAUUGCGGUUUGGAGCCUUAAGCCACUGAACUGCAUCUCACAAUAUACUUACCAAUUUAUAUUCACCAUAAAUGCAACUGUUCCUAAAGCUGUUAAACAAUUUUAAUGGAGUUUAAAACAUGAGGCAAGAGACAUUCAGCCAAGAACAUAUUUAUGCUAACUGUGCCAUAGCUUUUUAAAACAAAAUAAUGUAAAAGUUUCCAUCCUUUUUUGUUAUUAUUCUUUCUUUUUUUAAAUAGUGCUGAUUGCCAGAGAUUUAUAGGGAAACCAUCACCCUGUAAGAUUAGACAGAUUGUUGAAGAAACCAAAUUCUUUCAGUUUUAGCUCCACAUAUAUUCUUUGAAUGGAAAGGAACAAAAUGGAAGAAACCAUUGAAUGUAAAAGAAGUCAUUUCUGUUCAUGUUUUUGGACUUGGCUUGCCAUUUUAAGUUCUUCUUUACAGUACAUUUGAUUUUGAUAAAUCUUUAUAAUGAGUCACAAGACAUCAAGUUGUUGAGCGUAUAUUUCUGUGUGUGAUUCUUUUUAAAUAAUUGGGAGUUUAUCUAAUUUUUAAAUCCUGGAAUGCCAUAAUGGUAUGGGUUUGAAUUUGAGUUCAACAUGCCAUUCAUACAAGCCUUAGCACACAUUACUAGCACAUCAAUGUCUAAUGUUCAGUGUUUGAUGUUGGCCAAGUACAGUUUAUAAACUAAAAUAAAAAGAACGACAAUCCAA